AUGAGGCUGACUAGUGGAGGUAGUGGGAGAUGGGGCACAAGCGAAGAAAAUAACGAGCUGGGUGGCAUUGUGCAGGCAGCAGAAAGCGGAGACAGUAAGAUAUUUGUGAUUACGGCUGCAAAAGCAGAGGCAGCCGACGCAGAUAUGACAUGCCAAGAAGCUCUCCAGCAGUGGGAGAGUGGGUACGAGGCCUUCAAAGGGCAAGAUCCUCCAGUGUACGCAGACAAUACAGGGACGUACGAAGAUCCCAAUGCUGCGGCUCUUGCGAGCUUAUUGAGCGACAAGGCACAAAGCAUCUACUGUGGGACUGCAACAGAGUGUGGAGAAAAUCCCCCCAUCGUCUGUUACAUCAAGCCUUCCGGAAUAGAAGCUGUCGCAAGUCCAGUAACGUGA